AUGGCCGCAGAAGUCAAGAGAGUGCCUAUCCCCCCUCGGGGUGUGGAUUACCGUGGCAAGGUUGUCCUUGCGCCAAUGGUUCGCUCUGGCGAGUUACCCUCGAGAUUGUUGGCCCUCAAGUAUGGCGCGGACCUUGUCUGGGGUCCUGAGACUGUCGACUACUCCAUGAUUGGGACAUCUCGACGAUUCAACGAGGAAUCCAAGACUAUUGAAUGGUUCCGGCUUUCCUCCCAGGGUCAAAAGGAGCCUCCUGCCGAUGCUAAAGAAAGUAUCAUAUACAGGAUGCUUCCCGAGAUCGAGAAGGACAAGUUGAUCUUUCAGAUUGGCACCGCAGACCCCGACCGCGCUGUGCAGGCAGCCAGAUUGGUCGCCGCAGAUGUUGCCGGCAUCGAUGUUAAUGCCGGCUGCCCAAAGCCAUUCAGCACCAGCGGAGGCAUGGGCGCAGCCCUCCUCAAGACACCCGAUAAGCUGUGUGCCAUCCUCGAGGCCCUUGUCAAGAACAUCACUCCAGAGUUUGAGAUUGGGAUUAGCGUCAAGAUCAGAAUCCUCGACACUGCCGCCGAGACAGAGGCGCUCGUGCGGAGGCUCUGUGCCACAGGCAUCACGGGGUUGACUGUGCAUUGCCGAACCACACCUAUGCGGCCCAGAGAGCGAGCCAUCCGAGGACAGCUCCGCAUGGUAGCGGAGGUCUGCCAUGAGUACGGCGUUGCGUGCCUCAUGAAUGGUGAUGUUGAGAACCGAGACGAGGGCCUCAAGCUCGCAGAGGAGUUUGGCGCCGAUGGCGCAAUGAUUGCAACCGCCGCCGAGAAGAACCCCAGCUGCUUCCGGAGCCAGGCGGAUGGUGGACUGGCCCCUUGGGAGGAGGUUGUUGAUCACUACGUCAAGACGGCGAUUGAUGUCGACAACCGGUUCGGCAACUCCAAGUUCCUCCUUGCUCAGAUGGUCCCUGGAAAGUCAAAGUUCUAUCAGCCCGUCAACCAGUGCAAGAACUAUAAGAGCACAUGCGAGGCGCUGGGUCUUGACAAGUAUAUGGACGAUGCCAUUCAUAUCGACGCCAAACGUGGCCUCGACCAGCCUCUGAAGGGAAAAGCUGCCAAGAAGGCUGCUGCCAGGGCUAAUGCAAGUGCUUUAGCAGCUGGUGGACAGUCUGGGAGGUCAAGACAAGAGAUGACACAGAAGCGCAAGAAGGCCUUCUCCAGAGGUAACCAAAGUCGCCUCGGCUGA